GCCGCCGAAGUCCAGGCCAUGACUGUGCCAGUCUACGCAGCUGGUGCCAUCGUUUACAUCACUUGCACUCGAUUAAGCGACCUAACUCAGCGCCGGGGAUAUUUCAUCAUGGGAUCAAUUGUUUCGUCCAUGGCUGGAUACGGCAUGCUAAUAGCAGAGAAAGGACCUUCUGUAUCCUAUGCGGGCCCAUUCUUCGUCUCGAUCGGCAUCUUUGUUUCAGCGGGCAUCUCGUUUGCCUGGGUUCCAACCAAUAAUCCGCGUUACGGAAAACGAGCCAUCUCAACAGGGCUGCAUCUGACUAUCGGAAACUCGUCCGGGGUUGCUUCCCCAUUUCUCUUCCAAGGGUCAUUUGUUCCUGGAUACGCCGCCAGUAUAGGAAUGCUGGGAUUUUCUUAUGGAAGGCAAGACAGAAGAUGAGAUCGAGGCUAUGGGGGAGAAGAGCCCUAGGUUCCGCUUCGCUACGUAGGAACCGCCCAUUAAGAAAAUAGCAAAGGUUUUAGUCAAGCAAAGGCUGUACAACUUCUCCCUCAAGGAACAUCGUCAAUCCCCAAGUCUUCAUAGAUCAGAUAUAAAAACCUCAAGUCACAAGCCUAUUUCUGUAUGGUAUCUGUUCCGGAUCUAAUUAGUGAUAUAGGCUGUUGGAGCUGCCGAGAAAGAGCGCGGCAGCAACGUAGACGGACGCUAUAAAGGCGUGUGGCAGAGAAAGGCAUCAAAGCGUAAUAAGGUAAUCAAACAAGAAGCACACUAUAGCACAAGCAGAGGAAAACAGGAGAUAGGUACAACAAGAGAGU